AUGGACAACCAGACCUUCACAAACAAUAUACUCCUUGUGGAGGGAUUGAAAGUUACACACCAAUCCACUUAUCCUGUUUUCAUCCUGCUUCUCUUGGCUUACAUCUUUACAAUGGGAUGUAACAUUGGACUUGUAAUUGUGAUCUCAACUGAAAAGAAUCUGCAUCACCCUAUGCAUUUUCUGUUCUGUAACUUGCCACUGAAUGAUAUACUAGGGACCACUGUCAUUAUGCCACGCUUAUUACAGGACAUUUUAAGGGAAACCUCAGAGCGCUACAUGACAUAUGUUGACUGUGUUGUUCAAGCAUAUUUUGUACAUGUAUUUGCAGCAGCAAGCCAUUUAACAAUUUUGAUAGGACUCACUGUACGCCUGUCUCGCUGCAAACAUAAAAUUGAAAGCCCUUUCUGUGAUAAUGCCUCACUUUUUAAACUGUCCUGUGAGGACAGUGUGGCUAUUAAUAAUGUGUAUGGAUUAAUUUCUACUGUGGUUAUCUUUAUUUUCUCACUUGGGUCUGUAUUUAUUACAUAUGGAAAAAUUACUGCAGUAUGUAUAACCAGCAAAAACAAAGCACUCAAUUGUAAAGCCUUAAAAACAUGUGGCACACACAUAGCUGUUUAUAUAAUCAUGUUUGUUUCUUGUGCCAUCAUGGUUUUUUUCCAUCGUUCUCCUGAAUACUCUGAAAAUAGGAAACUGGCUAGUGUAAUGUUCCAUAUUGUUCCACCAGGGCUAAAUCCUUUAGUAUAUGGUUUACAAACCAAAGAGAUAAGACAAAGGACAUUUAAACUUUGCUGUAGCUAA